CCGCCGGAAAGUUUGCGCGCGGCUGGCGCGGGGCGCGGGGCGCGGGCGCGGAGCCGGCGGCGGGGCGCGGGGAGCGCGGACCCGGACCGGACCGAGCGCGCCCCAGGCAGAUGUGGGGGGCGGCAGCCCGGAGGCAUGCCCCCCACCCGGCCACGCCCACCCCCCUUCCUGCUGCUGCUGCUGCUGGCCUGCCAGCUGCAGGCCCCCUGUGCGCAGAUGAUGGACUCCGUGUUCGAGAAGUGGAAGCUCUAUGGGGACCAGUGUCUGCACAACCUGAGCCUGCUGCCGCCCCCCACGGAGCUGGUCUGCAACAGAACCUUCGACAAGUACUCCUGCUGGCCCGACACGCCCCCCAACACCACGGCCAGCAUCGCCUGCCCCUGGUACCUGCCCUGGCACCACAAAGUUCAGCACCGGUUCGUCUACAAGGCGUGCGGGCCGGACGGGCAGUGGGUGAGGGGGCCGCAGGGGCAGCCGCUGAGGAACGCCUCCCAGUGCCGGAUGGACAAGGAGGAGCUUGAGGCGCAGGAGGCGGAAGCCAAGCUGCUGGGCGGGUCCAAGGCGAUGUACACGGCGGGGUACUGCCUCUCGCUGGGGGCGCUGCUCCUGGCCCUGGCCAUCCUGCUGGGCCUCAGGAAGCUGCACUGCACCCGCAACUACAUCCACGUGAACCUGUUCGCCUCCUUCGUGCUCAAGGCCGGCUCCGUGCUGGUCACCGACCUGCUGCUCAAGACCCGCUACAGCCAGGAGUUCGGGGACGACCUCCGCGUGCGGGGCUGGAUGAGCGACGAGGCGCUGGCCGGCUGCCGGGUGGCCGCGGUGUUCAUGCAGUACGGCAUCGUGGCCAACGCCUGCUGGCUGCUGGUGGAGGGCCUGUACCUGCACCGCCUGCUGCGCCUCUCCGCCGGCCCCGAGAGGAGCGUCUUCGCCUUCUACCUGGGCAUCGGCUGGGGCGCCCCCAUGCUGUUCGUCAUCCCCUGGGCUGUGGUGAAGUGUGUGUUCGAGAACAUCCAGUGCUGGACCAGCCACGGCAACAUGGGCUUCUGGUGGAUCCUGCGCUUCCCCGUCUUCCUGGCCACCUUGAUCAACUGCUGCAUUUUCAUCCGAAUCCUGCACAUCCUCGUGGCCAAGCUGCGGGCCCAUCAGAUGCACCACACCGACUACAAAUUCCGGCUGGCCAAGUCCACGCUGACCCUCAUCCCUCUGCUGGGGGUCCACGAGGUGGUGUUCGCCUUCGUGACGGACGAGAACGCCCAAGGCACCCUGCGCUUCGUCAAGCUCUUCUUCGACCUCUUCCUCAGCUCCUUCCAGGGCCUGCUGGUGGCUGUCCUCUACUGUUUCCUCAACAAGGAGGUGCAGACGGAGCUGCUGCGGAGCUGGCACCGCUGGCGCCUGGGCGAGCUGCUGCGGGAGGAGCGCCAGGUCAGCGGCCACCCGGCCCUGGCCCGGUCCACCAGCGGGGCCCCCACGGAGAAGCUGCUGCUGUCCGGGGGCUGCGACAGCAACGGGGGCAGCCACGGCCCCUCCCCCUCCGGGGAGCCCCCCGCGGCCGGCCGCCCCCCGGGGUGGGCCCAGAGCGCCCUGUGAGGCCCGAGCCCCCGGGGCUGGACUCGGGAGUGAGAGGCCACCCGAACAAUUCAGACCAAGACCCAGAGUGGCCUGGGGUGUAGCCAGAGCGGCCCCCUGUCCCCGGGGCCCACUGCAGUGGCCUGAGGGCGGGCCUCCCCUGCCCUCCCCUGCCCUCCCCACACCUGCUCUGUGCCCAGCGGGCCCGAGGGGGGAGCGGGGGGACGGGUGGGGAGCUCUCGUGAGUGCAUGUCUGUGUCUGUGAGUCUGAGGAGGAAUGUGUGUCCUCCAACAAUAAAGAGCUUGUGCAGUGGUCCUCUUCCGCCCCCUG